AUGCACAUCUCCUGUUUCAAAGAAAAGAGGUUCAACACGGAGAAAACUUUCAAGUCAGAGUAUUCAAAGUCAUCCAACGAUACUGGUUUCAUAGAUCAGACCAAUUCAUCAAUGAAUUCUAGUGACAACUUGUUAGAUAUCUCAACAUUGACAAAACGCUAUGAGUAUAACCAUGAUACAAACAUAAAUAAUCAAAAUUAUGGAUAUCAUAAGUCGACACACGAUUACCAGUUGCCAAACACCAUGACCGAAAUUGAAAAGCAGCAGAUAUUGCAAAAAUGUCAUCUAGUGGCAACUCGCUGGUACUCAAGCGUAUACACAAUACUCUUUGCCACUGCUGGAACACUCCAUGCUGAAAAUGAAAAUGAAACGUUUUCUGACCACCGAGAAAAUAUUUUAAAGACUGCUAAAGCAUUAGUAGAAGACACUAAAACGUUGGUUACUGGUGCGGCUUCCUCACAGGAACAGCUAGCAGUUGCCGCUCAAAAUGCUGUUUCUACUAUAAUACAAUUGGCUGAUGUAGUCAAGUUUGGUGCAGCUUCUUUGGGAGCUAACAACCCAGAGCUCAGGUGUGUGUUUAUAAUAUGA